CGUUGGAAAAAGUUAGUAAUCUAGCGAUGUCCAUUAAAACCCAUUGUAUAAAUACCAUAAAUUAGAUUUUGUAAUAAAAAUAUGCGUGCAAAGUGUAAUUUGUCCUCGGAUUGAGAAGCGAAUGUGCACCGGGCGAUCUUACGACCUCUUAACGAAAACGUCGCCAACGCCGAUGGCCCGAGACCGGUCUUAAUAAGUCUUAAUUAAUUAUAGAAAAAACGUCCCCAUCGCUCUUAAGAUACAAUCAAAGCAGUAGCAGUUUGUGCAGGUGUUUCAGCAUCAAUCGACGCUUUCGGUGACUACAAACGGUGCUCAGGAGGAUAUAGAAGAGUGCGAGAGGCCAUUUCGGCGAUCGUCUUUGAUGUUCGCCUCUUUCAGUUACAGUACAUUGUUUACGCCGGAACGUAGCGAUACAUUAGAAAAAUGGCGGUGCUUUUCAAAUGUCAGAUUGUUGAACUCCUGAUUGCAAGCAAUGUGAAUUGAGAUACAUCCGGGGGGGCCUGCACCUAGUGGAACGUUAUGGAUCCCAUGUUGCCAAGACUUGGUGAUGUCACAAUACAGAGGCUCGAUAAAACUAAAGAGGGCAAAGUGGGAUUGCAAGAUGAUAGUAAUCCUGUGGAAGAUGAAACUGAGGUGCCAAAAACCCAGCUGCCUGUACCACCAGAGGACAACCAGGGACUCAAGAGGACCACAGAAGAACUCCCUGGUCCCUCAACCAAAAAGACGAAGCUUGAGAAGUCUGAAGAUGCAAAUAGCACAGAUUCAUUGAGUGAAGCUGGUAGCUUUGAUUUAGAUUCAGAAUAUGAAGCAGAUUAUGAGGAAGAUAAGGAGAAAUUGCCUGAGGCUGAGGAGCCUGAGGAGGAGUCCCAGGAGCAGCCACCUGAUUAUCUGGAGCAGCUCGCUCAGGAGCCAUUCAAUGAGGAUGUUGACAUCAAAGAGGAACCCAAGAAUGAGGAGGAUUAUGACUAUGAUAUCAAAGAGAAAUUAAAAGAAAUGGGUGAAAUCAGCUUUGAAACAGUGAAGAAGGGCGAUCCUAAGCCUAAGAAGGUUGAAGUCAGUGAAACAGAGGUUUCUGUUGUUCCAGCCAAAAAGCCUGGUGAGGAGGAAUCCAUCAAUGCAGAGAGAAGCAAAGGAAACUUAAGGAGGAACAUCAGAGAAGUCAUGGAUGAAACUAAAUUGGACGAAUCGACUUUGGCUGCCCAGAGGCAGGAAAUGGAGCGUUUGAGGAGAGUGCAAGAGCAGCAGAAGCUGAUACGCGAGGUUCAGAGGCAAAUGGCUCAGGAUAGGGUUAUUUCCUUGCUACAAGGAAGCAAUUCGCCAAGAGCAGGUGAUAAUUGUCCGUCUGCUAGCGGUCGCGCGGGAAACACAGUAUUAGUAAAAUUAGCGAAUGGACAGACUAAGCCUAUGACGAAACUGCCAAAAAAGCCAGUGGAGUUGAUGAAGGUACCAAAGAUCCUACAACAUCCGCAGCAGCAGCAGCAACAACAACAACAGCAGCAGCAGAUGAUGAAUCAACAUCAGAUGAUGAAGCAGAGAAGUUUAAUGAAUGCCAAGAGACCUGUACACACAAACUUAACACCUUCAGUAAGCAUUGCUCCAGUUGGCAAACGACCUACGACAUUGUCAAGAGCACCAAGUGAUUCUGAUAGUGAUUAUGAUGAAUAUCCUAGAAGGCCUGUUGGACGUCCAAAACUUGAAAAUGAUGUUCCCGUUCAAACGAUUGACAUAUCAUCGGAUGAUGAUUGCAUCGUGGUCUCCGAGUCCGAGAACGAUCCCAGUGAUGAAGUGGAGGACCCGACGAAUUCCGGUAUGCACACGAACGAUGAAUUCAACCAGCCCGAUGAGCAGGGUCGUGUGGUCAUCAACAUAGGACACCCAGAGGACGAAACGGAUAUAUACCUGGCGCCGCAGAUCGCAAGAAUAAUAAAACCCCAUCAAAUUGGAGGCAUUCGAUUUCUAUACGAUAACAUUAUUGAGAGUACAAAUCGGUUCGAAACGUCGACUGGUUUCGGAUGUAUUCUGGCCCACUCGAUGGGUCUCGGAAAAACGCUUCAGGUGGUCACCUUCUCCGACAUAUUUCUGAGACACACGCCGGCAAAAACCAUCCUAUGUAUCAUGCCCAUUAACACCCUGCAGAAUUGGAUGGCCGAGUUCAACAUGUGGUUGCCAACUGAAGAUGGAACUGCUAGCAGUCCACUCCUUGUACACGGUGAAGUUAGACCGAGAAAUUUCAAUUUGCACGUGCUAAACGACAGUCAUAAAACGUUGGCGGCAAGGGCUAGAGUCAUACACGAAUGGAAAACGGCUGGGGGCGUUUUGUUGAUUGGCUACGAGCAAUAUAGGCUACUGUCACUGAGGAAGUAUCCAAAAUCCAGAAGUAAAAAGCCAAUUAGCGAACUCAAGGCGGGCGAAGAAGAUAAGAAUAAAGCUCUAUUCGACGAGGUGCACGAGUCGUUGGUAAAACCCGGUCCAGAUCUAGUUAUUUGCGACGAAGGUCAUCGCAUCAAGAAUUCGCACGCUUCAAUUUCACAAGCCCUAAAACAGAUGAAGACGAAGCGCAGAGUGGUUUUGACCGGAUAUCCGCUACAGAAUAAUUUAAUGGAAUAUUGGUGCAUGGUUGAUUUCGUCAGGCCAAAUUAUUUGGGUACGAAAACAGAAUUCUGCAACAUGUUCGAGAGACCAAUCCAAAAUGGACAAUGUAUAGAUUCCACCGAAUCUGAUAUCAAAUUGAUGAGAUACAGAGCGCACGUGCUGCAUUCAUUGCUACUUGGUUUUGUACAAAGACGGUCACAUCGCGUACUCCAAACUGCGUUGCCCCAAAAGGAAGAAUACGUUUUGUUGGUAAGAAUGACUACGUUCCAGAGGAGUCUGUACGAAGUAUUCAUGAACGAAGUAGUCAGGAGCCAAACGGUUCCCAAUCCACUGAAGGCAUUUGCGGUGUGCUGCAAGAUCUGGAACCAUCCGGAUGUGUUGUACUACUUUCUGAAAAAGCAGGCUAAAGGUGAUGCCGUGGAUAUAGAUUUAGAGGAAGUAUCAAACUCGACGGGAUCAAGUGAAACGCCGAACAAGAACAAAAGUAAAUCGAAGAAGGCGAAGGGGAAGAAUGGGAAACCAGCUGCUUCAGUUACACCUUACAAUAACACGAAUGUUGCGAUCGACAAUAAUCAGCAGCAGCAGCACCAGCUUCAACAACAGAAUCAAAUCGCAUCAAUAGCGCCAAGUAACAUUCCUUCACAGCAAACUCCGAAUCCCAAUCCCGAUACUUUCCCCAAUUACAAUCAGCCGCAAAGUUCAACACCUAAUCCGAAUUCAUUCCCCAACAAUAAUUACAAUCAAAAUUACAAUCCGCAGAAUUACUCGCAAAACUUCAACCAACAAAAUUUCCAAAACAAUGCCAACUACCAAAACAGCGAUCGAACAAAUUUUCCUGCCAACAACUACACGGAUUACGGUCAGACCUAUCCGAACAGCUAUCCAAACAGUAGCCCGCAGAAAUUCAACAAGCAACAAUCGAACUUUCAGCAGCAGAACUUCAACCAGACCAAUUUCAAUCAGCAGACGCCCGUCGUUAACACGUUCAACCAAUAUCCGAACACGCAAAAUUUUAGCACAAGUCAAACCACGCCAUAUCCUAACGCCGCACAGACAUUCAAUAAUCAGCAGACCAACAAUUACAAUAACUAUCCGAACAAUUACUGGAAUUCUCAGGAGCAGAAACCUGAUAACUACAACUAUAAUAAUUUCGGACAGUACAACCAGGGGUCCAUGUACAAUCAGCAGUGGACCAAGAAAGAGGAGCAUCCGUAUCCCAAUUCUAUCAAAUCAGAUUUAUCGAGUCCUGAAACGAAGCCAAAAAUUAAUAUAAUUAGCGAUAUCAAAAUCAACAACAUUUACGAUGGUAUGAAUCAUCACCAUAUUUCACCGGAGAAAAAAAUCAACAUCCUUAGCGAUAUAAAGUUGGAACCUAAGAAGGAGGAAAUUGAACCAGAAGCAAUAAAAGUGGAUAACGAUGAUGAUGUUAAGGUCGUCUCGGAUACGACGGUGGCUUUAAAGAAUAAUAACCCCGUGCCUCCUGUUAAAGAAGACACUGGUAUUCCUUAUGACUGGGCAAUUGAAUUACUAAAGGAUUACGUUCCGGGUUGCAUAGAGAACUCCGCCAAGAUGCAAAUACUGUUUUGUAUUAUAAAGGAAAGCAUAGCACUAGGCGACAGAUUGCUGGUUUUUAGUCAGUCCUUGAUCACCCUGGAUCUCAUCGAGCAGUUUCUACAAAUGAAUGUCGUUCCCGGAGAUACGCAACAUUGGGCAAAAAAUACAACAUAUUAUCGUUUGGAUGGAUCUACGAGUGCAUUGGAAAGAGAAAAGUUGAUCAAUGAGUUCAAUGCGAACUCAAAAGUGUAUCUAUUUUUGGUGUCUACGAGAGCUGGCUCCUUAGGUAUUAAUUUAAUUGGUGCAAAUCGCGUAGUGGUUUUGGACGCUUCGUGGAAUCCUUGUCACGAUACGCAAGCUGUCUGCAGGGUCUACAGAUAUGGCCAACGGAAGCCGUGCUUCGUUUACAGACUGGUCGUGGAUAAUUGUUUAGAGAAGAAGAUUUACGACAGACAAAUUAAUAAGCAAGGUAUGUCUGAUCGUGUUGUUGAUGAGUGUAAUCCAGAUGCGCAUUUAACUAUGAAAGAUGUAAGUACUUUGUGCUGGGACGACGAGAAAGAGUGCGAGGAACAGGACUGGGCACACACGAAGGAGAAUUAUAUUGAUGUCGUGUUACAAAAAGUGUUGGAGCAGCAUGGACGCAGUUUCAACAAGGAACCUUUUCAGCACGAGUCGCUUCUCAUCGACAGGAAGGACAAGCAACUAUCCAGGCUUGAGAAACGAUUGGCGAAGAAAGGGUACGAAAGGGAGAAACAAGCUGCCAGACAGCCGACAUACGGGAUGUCUGUGGGUGCUCGUGGUCAUAGGCCGGUGGCAUCCGUGAGGCCGAUGCAGCAGGGAGGUGAUAAACCCACGAGAUGGAUACCUGCCGAGCAUUGGCAGAGACAAGGAAUGACGGCACAAGAAAUGACAUUGCCUUUAGAUGUUGUGAUACCUACGAAUCAACCGGACAAAGGAAACAUAGUACUGAAAGCUGGUCAAAAAGUACUUGUGCUCAAGUCUCCGAAGGGUGUUUACAUGCAAUUGGAAAGCGGUAAAAUAGUAGCUAUAAAAACUGCCAUAAAAGUACGCGGAAAAGCUGAGGAAGAUGCCAACAAAGCGAAGCCGGCAUUACCACCUGCUAUCAAAAAUAACUCUGCAUUAUCUGUGUUACCUCAGAAGAGGCCGAUGAAACCUUUCAAUCCAGCGAUGGCCAAAAUGAAUGUCAGGUGUACGAAACCGGCAACACCUAACCUGAGUAAUAUGAAUAAAAGGAAACCGAACUUGGUGAAGAGGUCGUUUGUCGGUAGGGAUGAUUCGCUCGCGAUGAGCAGCAGCGAAGAAGAACGGUCUCAGGAUAAGAGGUUAUCCUAUCCGUACCGAAGCGAAGGACAAGUGAGCCUGCUGAAGUCGCAAUCCCGAUCCGAGUCAGACAGUGAGAUGCCCCGUUCAGAAGAGGACAGUAUGGGAUCCAAGGAGGAAUCCGUGCACAGUUUUAAAGGUUUGCCAUCACAGAUCAUAUCAAAGCCUACAGGCGCGCAGGGUUCAGCGCUGCAGCAGCUGGAAAAAUCCGCUUCUGCAAUAAUGUCCGAAUCGAAGCAACCAUUCCAGGAAACGCUAGACAGCAUCACCAGCUCCUAUCAUGAGGACAAAGCUGAACUACCGCCGGAACCGCCACCCCCAGCACCACCAAUCCAAAUCGAGGAUGAUUCUCCGACAGAAUCCGAAGAGACGUACGAAACACCAGCUCCUCCUCCACCACCACCCGCAGCUCCGCCCGCGCAAACGGCUCCCACGCAGCCCACAACUCCGACGACGGAUCCCCCGGUGAAAUCAGACAUUCCGACGCCUGAUUAUUCAUACAACAAUUAUUACAGCUACAACCAUAUGCAGCCAUAUCCUCCCCCGCAUCCACCGCAAGGAUAUCCGACCUACCCUCCGCAACCGCUCCCGUACGACAUGAACCUCUAUCCUCAGCAGCAGCAACCGCCUUAUAACUACGGUAUGUAUCCGCAAGGAUAUCCGCCGCAACCCCAGUAUCCGCCAGCGCCGCCGGUUCCACAUUACGAAUAUGCUGCACCUCCACCACCGCAGCCAAUGUACGGCGGUUAUCCGCCGUAUCCACCGCAACAGUACCCACCUCAUCCGCCGCCACCGCAAGGUAUUUACCCCCCACCAGCCAAUCCCUAUCCGGACUACCAAUAUUCUAAUCCCACUCCGCACAAUCCACCUGCCCCCGCCACGCAACCAUACUAUCCACCACAGACAUAAAACACACACACACGCACAAAACCGUUUUUAAAUUCAUAGUGCAAUUAUUAAUAAUAAUAAUAAUUUCUUUUUUGAAGUAUUAUCGACGUCCUGAAAAGUACUAAAGACAGAUCUGAUUAUAUAUGUUUCGUUAUAGUUGUUUAGCUGUGCAGCUUCAAUAGUAGUUUUCGUGGAUAUAUUUUUAUCAUACAAACAAUCGUCAGAUACAACAAAAUUAAGAAAACAUUUAUCUUUUUAUUAUCGAUUCUGUGUAAGAAUCUGAACUG